AUGGCCUAUCCAAGAGACACCUCCGAAAGCGAAGACCGGAGAAGUCACUCCAGAAACCCAUCUCCCCAAAAACCACUUCGAAGAAAGCGCUCCGUAACCUUCGCCGACCCGCCCAUCCCCCACAAAUCAGAGCGACGGCGUGUAAAACGUGAUCCUGUAGGGAAAGACAGAGUGAGUUAUAUGGGGCCGGAGAGGGCGAUGAAGUAUUUAGAGGAGCAAGAAGAAGAUUCGUAUGGGGAUGUAGAAUCGAGUUUGAGUUCGGGAAGCUCGAGUGGGAGUGAGUAUCAGUAUCGACCUGUUUACGGUGUUGAGGUUGCGGUACCUGGGGAGGGGAGGGGAGGGACUUACGGAAGUGAACGUGAAGAGAGUACGAGAAGUACGUAUGUCAGGAAUCCGGAGACGGGAGCAGGUGGUCGAGGUACAUAUGUUAGAGGACCAGAACCUCGGGACACGUACGUUCAUGAAUCUGAGUAUCAAAAACACCGCGGUCAUUCGCUUGGUUCAUCCCCCGAAAGCGAAGCCGAGAGAAGAAGGCGACAUAGACGAGUAAUCGACGAUCAGAUAAUCAGAGAAGCGCAAAAAACUAGAAUGAGAAAGCGAAAUGAUGACCAGCAUAGAUACCAAUCUCAGAAAUCCUCGCAACGUACAAGAAACGAAAAGCAACCAGCCAAAAAACCGACAAAAGAACCUUGGAUCACGGAUAUAGGUACUUGGUGCGCGAUUCUUGAAUGGGCUUGUGUAGCACUUCAUAUUGCUGCUGAGCCUAGGGGUGGCUGGGCAAGCCUUUCCAAAGGGCGUAUGAAUGGUGCGAAAGUCGGCCGUGGGAGGAGGUGA